AUGCUCCUCCCCUCUUGUUUACCCCGAAUGAAGAUUGACAAGAAAAAAAUGGAAAAAAGAAAGAAGAAGCACAUUCAUCUUCAUCAUAUUUAUAUCUCGACAACAUUUUCCUCCAUUAUUUUGUCCUUGUAUUUUUGCGGGCCACUGGUGUCCCCCAUGGGUCCCUUGCCCGCAAGAUGUGACACAUUUUUUUGGGGGAAUUUUUCUUUUUUGUGUCCUAAAAAUCUCUUAUCUGUACAGCGAUCGCUUUAUUUCAGAUAUCAAAAAAAUGCUAAAAUGAUUUUUUGGAGCUACCUCGUAAUACUUUUAAUUCCUGGGGUCCUAUCGACAACGUGCCCGCAUUCUGUGAAUUCGAAAAUUCAGGAAUGUGUUCAACCUGUUGCAGAUUACGCAAAAGUUCUGAAUAAUCAGGACUCUCGAACGUCUGGAUCAGAAUUCGGAAGUGCUUUUUCACUUCCAAAUAUGGGCGGUCGAGUUUUCAAUGAACUUUGCAGAUUAAUUGCCAAAUUCAACAGUUGUGUUCGAGAUUAUCGAAGUACGUGUCCCCGUCAUGUAACUAUUUCCCUUAUUGACUCUUCUUAUGGAUACUUGUGUAAUGAAGGGUAUAAUACAUUUAUGGAGUCUGCCGAAUGUUUGAUGGAGUUGGAUCGAAAACCAUCAGUUAAAAGAUGCCAUGAUGAGACGCUUAAAGAAAUUGAAUCAGCAAACACUGAAUCAGGUGUAUCUAUGCCAGCUAAAGUUGAUCGGAUGUGUGGAGCUCUCAACUUCUUCUCCGGUUGUGUAAGGUCACCGAUAAAACAAGACUGCGGAUUUUCUGCGUGGCAGGUAAUCUACCGAGUCCUAAAAGACACCACAAACACCCUAAUGCCUGCCUGCCAAUUCACUGGAACUUCGCAAAAACUGUUAUCAUUUCAAAAGGAAAUUGAUAGUUUAAAUAAUGUAACAUCAACAACUACAACAUUACAAACAUCCACGUACACAACAAGUCGGCCACGUCCUACCGUAACCAAACUGCAAACAACUACGGUAGUUGUAGUUCGAGAGCUGGCGGAUGGUGAGGAUGAAGAUGAUGAGGAAUUGAAGCAGAAGCUCAGUCAAAAAAAGAAAAUGAGAAAAAUUCAAUCAGCUGAGCUAACUGAUUCUUCGAAAUCUCAAUUUUCUAUUGAAUAUGUGUUAACUUUAGUUCUAGGAUUUUUGAUUCUAUGUAUUUAAAAUUUUAUGUUCUGAAUCUGCCUAUUCCAAUCCGACUACGUGUAUUUUUUUCUUUAAUUUAUUUUUUAAGAUGUUAAGAUUUUUCCUUUUUUUCUCCGCAUUAUGGUCUAGAACUUGAUUUUUUUAAACUUCUAGUCCGUAUCCCAUCCAGGUGUCAUUUCCCCCUUUGUUCCUAAUUUUGUAAAAAAUUUUUAAAUGAAGUAUAAAUUCUGAAAAUGCAAUUCA